CAUUUAGUUUAGUACCGUUUUUGGCUGCAGUCGCACUACGGACAAUAUUCUAAUUGUGCUUACCAUCAUAAAUACAAUAUACAUAUAUGUAUACUAUAUAAUAAUAAUAAAUUAUAUACAUAUAUACGUAUUACCAUAUACCAUAAACAAUUCAAUUAAAUAGCGGCAAAAGUUAAUGAUAUUAACUACACAUUUUAAAUGUUAUUAUACAUGGCCAAUGCCCAGCCAUAUGGAAAUAUUGUGCUGCUGUCUCAAACACAAAAAUUCAAUUCAUUAUAUCUAUAAAAAUUAAACACAAAACAACAAACAAAACGCCAAAUUCACAAUGAUAAAUAAUUAAUAACUAUUUUCUAUGAAAAGCUAGUGAAUAUAGUAACCGUGUUGAUUAAAUCAUUACAAAUAUAAUUACAAAACAAGUAAAAAAAACCCCCAACUAACGCGUGCAACAAGUUAAAUUCAGCCACAAGUUGUAAACCAAGUUAGAACUAUACAUACAUAUGUUCACACACCAAUACACAAACUCACGUUCGCGUUACACACACACAAGCACACACACAUAGAGAGACUCUAACAAUGUCAAGUGAAAACAAUCUCUGGAAUCAACAGGUUUCGCCCUAAAAAGUGUUAUAAAGAAGCCCAUCCAGAACUGUUUAUAGGGAAAAGGAAUUUAUGUAAAAUUUCUAUUAAAAUCUAUUAAGUAAAUGAAGAAGCAGAAGGAAAAGAGUCUUAAAAAUAAUUAAGAAAAAAAAUAUAUAUAAAAGAAAUUGUGUGACUGCAACCAGGUGGAACGAAAGUUGGAACAAACACCACAAAAUCAGCUUAAAGAAAAACAAAACCUGAAAAGUUCUUAGAGCGCAAAAUAAACCUCAAUAUGGAUUCAUUCUACGAUGGCGACCUUAAAGAUAUAUGGGACUCCGAUUUAGAUCCGACGGAAUCCUUGAAAAUAAACAGUGAUCAUGAUAUGCACGAUUGGUUUUACGAUCGCGAUGUCAAGGAUCCAGCCGUAAUACUCCAUGACAAGCUCAUCUCCGAUGCGCUGCUUAACGGCACCGGUCCAAUUAAAACGGAGCAUUCCUAUAGUCUCAACAGCGAUGGUGAUUCCCUGCCUGAUUCGCCAAAAAGCCUGCAGGCCAAAAUCGAUGAUAUGGAUGACGAGUGCUACUCAGGUAGCGGGCGCAUCACCAUUGAUCCAAAAUGCCUUACACUACACCCGCCCGCAAGAAAUAUCCGCAGCAGCGCCAUGCUGAGCAUGAGCAGCACCAGCGUUAAUCCCGCGUUACACACAGCCAUCACGGAGUUGGCGUCUGCGAGCACAGUGCUCGUACGCGGCCAUGGUGAGGUGCAACAGAAUUGCAACAGCGUCAGCAGUGGCAACAAUAGCAUGAACGUUGCACUGGAGCAUUUUCAGCAACCUCAGCAUAUGUCGGAAAUGUACGACGACAAUGAUUGCAGCUCAUCGGUGUCAUCGGCCAGAGAGGGCAGCAUAUCACCAGAUCUCUGCUCGGACAUCGAGAUCGAUGAUGCGGUCAUCAAGGAUGAGCCCAUGUCGCCCGAUUCUAGCUGCCCCGCCAGUCCAAACUCACAAAACAGCAGUGCUCAUCAGCUCAGCCUCAAUUUGGCUAAUUUACAAACAGAGUUGCUCUUUGACCAAAAGCACGGCGGCCUUUUGCUAACCGCGAGCAGCAACAACCUCAUGAAAUCCCAGCAGCAGCAGCUAUUGCUUGGCCAGAGUGGCCAAAGUCUUAUGUUGCCCAAGAUAGCCAUCAAGAGUGAGAAACAAAGCGCGGCCAGCAACAGUUCGGGUAAAUCGCAUGCUUAUGGCAUACCGUUAACGCCGCCCUCCUCUCUGCCCAGCGAUGACUCCGAAGGUAACUUGUCACCGGAACAUUUGUAUGCGCCACUGUCGCCGAACGCUUCCGUUUCUAUAUCCGCCGUUACCAAUGCAGCCGCCAAUGGUGAUUCAGUUAACAAUGGGAGUGCGCGGCGCGCUGCUGCUGCCAUAACACGGGCCACAAGUAGCAACGGUGCUUCGAAUUCUGCAACAUCGACGAGGCAGCCAAUCCAUACUCCGUUGAUCAGCUCACAGCCGAAAGGCUCAACGGGCACCCUGCUAUUGACAGAGGAGGAGAAACGCACGCUUCUGGCCGAGGGUUAUCCCAUUCCACAGAAGCUGCCACUGACCAAAGCUGAAGAAAAGUCACUGAAGAAGAUACGACGCAAAAUAAAAAAUAAGAUCUCCGCUCAGGAAAGUCGUCGCAAAAAAAAGGAGUAUAUGGAUCAAUUGGAGCGGCGCGUUGAAAUUUUAGUUACUGAGAACCAUGAUUACAAGAAACGCCUCGAGUCACUGGAGGAGACCAAUGCCAAUCUACUUAGUCAGCUGCACAAAUUGCAGACCUUAGUUAGCAAGCACAAUGUGAAAAAGUCCUAAACCUGAACUAGGCCCAGUGGCCAAGUGGUUCAAGUUUGCCUGCCUGCCCGAGAGAUACUUUUUAUUUUUGUUGUACAAGCACUCGCACACAUAUAUAUAUAUAUAUAUAUAUAUACAUACAUAUAUAGGCGAGUGUUGAGUGAAAGUUUUCUAAGAAUUUAUCAGUUUAUAAACAAAUUGUCUUGAUUAACGAAGCAAUUUAAAAAUUUGGCUUUUGAUUAGCACAAAUCAGUAAACAUUCCCCAAAUCCCCCUGCCACCUUCUCUUAAGAUUUAGUAGCCCAUAUGCGCAUUACUGAAACCAUAUAAAUAUGCAUAUAUAAAUAUGUAUAUAUAUAUAUAUAUAUAUUUAUCUAUAUUUAGCUACUUAUAGUUCGUAUCUUAUAUUAUUAGUCAUGCAUUCCUGUUAUAUAACCUGAUAUAGAGUAGGCAAAGAUCAGCAACCAACAAGCUCAAAAGAACUCCACUUAAUCAGCGUCUAAAAAGAAGCUACGUAAUAAUAUUGUUGAAAGAA